UUUCUGGAUAUAUUAAUGUUAGUUUGAUAUAUUAUUUUUAAUAUAAUAUGAAAAUAUUUUUAUUAAAAUAUUAACCAAUGUAUAAAGAUAACAAAUAAUUAUAUUAUUUGUUUUUUUAAAACAUAUAAUUAUUUAUUAUUAAAAACAAACUGCUACUAAAUAAAUUACCUAAAAUAUUUUUUUUUUGGAGGUAAACUCCAAAUUUUCCCUCUAUAUUUUCAAUUGCCUUACAGUUACCAUACUCUCUCGUCUUCUUCCCCAAAUUAAACUGUCUCAGCUUUCUCUAACCUCAUCAGCUCAGCUCACCGUCUCAACAGCUUCCCGGGCGCACCCAGUAAACCGAAAAUGUAAUAACACUCACUCUCUUCUCUUCUUUUUCCUUUGUACGUUGGCAAACUUUUUCUUCUACUAAAUUCCACUCGACAGUGAACUAGAGAGAGAGAUAGGGAGAUGGUGACGCUGCUAGUAGCGACGAGUAUUCAUCCGCCUUCAAUCAACCCGACUAAUGCGCUUCUCCCCAUGCCCGGAUGGCAACCUCUUCCUUCUUUACAGGUUGUUCUUCAACCUCAAAGAAGGAAGGAGAUGGUUCGGAAGAAAAGGCAUCGACGGUCUGGUUGCUCGAUUGCGAGCCUAUUAUGUGGAGGCUGUGAGGCUUAGCACAGAUUAAAAAGCCAGAGUAGAUGACUUUUCACUCACUUUUGGAAUGGAAUAUUGGUUUGUAGUUUUUAAGGGGUUGCUCAACAAGCCAGAGUAGAUGACUUUUCACUCACUUUUGGAAUGGAAUAUUGGGGGAGGAGCUAAGGAAGCAAAUUGGUGCUGCAGCUUAUAUUGAGUGCAGUUCUAAGACUCAACAGAAUGUCAAAGCUGUUUUUGAUACUGCCAUUAAGGUUGUUCUUCAACCUCAAAGAAGGAAGGAGAUGGUUCGGAAGAAAAGGCAUCGACGGUCUGGUUGCUCGAUUGCGACCCUAGUAUGUGGAGGCUGUGAGGCUUAGCACAGAUUAAAAGGCCAGAGUAGAUGAUUCUUCACUCACUUUUGGAAUGGAAUAUUGGUUUGUAGUUUUUAAGGGGUUGCUCAACAAGAAAGGGCUGAAUUCUGAUUAUUAUUACUGGAUAGCUAAUGAUGUUCUUUUUGAGUGUAUUAUAAUAUAGUUUUGACAUAGUUUACACACCAGACAGAAAGUAAUGAAGGGAAUUGUUCAUUCUCUUAUCUUUUCUACUGUUACUGGGUAAAUUAUGUCUCAACACAUAAUAUGUUUUUUCUGCCAAAGUAGUACCACUACUAUUCUCUCUAUCUCUCCUCUGUGUAUCCCAAUAUAUCUUGUAUUUUUCUUAGUAUGCCUUUUGAGCCUAAUGGAAAUUUGUUGCUUGGGUUGCUCAAAACCAGUGAAGGACGCCUCGUCUAGUGUUAAACCCUCCAUGCCAGCGGCGGCUACGAGUAGUUCAUAUAGGUAUUGGCUUUCAGAAGACCCUUUCUUCAUAAGGUUUUAGACUAUGAAGAUGAAUUCUUUGCUUUGUUGAUGCUUGUUCUUGAGACUCAUAGCUUACGGACUACAGGUUAAUCUAUAUUUUCGUUCCGAUUAUAUAUAUUUUCUUUUUCCUAUUUAUUUGCUGCAAAAUGUUCAAUUGUUCAAUGUUGAAUUAUUUUUGAAAUCGGAGUUGUAAUUUUGUUUUGGAUUGCCUACAAAGUUAUAAGAAAAUGAGUUAUUCUCACUGUUUUGAUGAAUAUGCACAUAGGGUAUUGUUGUGGGACUUCAUCAGCUUCUUAUUUCCUUUCUCUUUUGCAAUUGGUCUUUUUAGUAUAUUUGGUCUGGAUCAGUUUAUCGGAAGGGAUUGUUUCUUGCCAACAGUCAUCAUGUUUUUGGGAUAUGGUUUAGCUGUUGCAUCGUCAACAUAUUGCCUUUCUUUCUUCUUUUCAGACCAUACUAUGGCUCAGAAUGUAGUUCUCUUGAUCAACUUUUUCUCUGGACUCAUUCUUAUGGUCAUAUCUUUCAUUAUGGGGCUUAUUAAGUCAAAUGUUAGUGCAAAUUCUUUUCUCAAGAAUUUCUUCCGACUAUCUCUAGGGUUUUGCUAUGCUGAUGGGCUUGCAUCACUAGCUCUUCUGCGUCAAGGGAUGAAAGAUAAAUCUAGUGAUGCAGCUUUUGAUUGGAAUGUAACUGGUGCCUCUAUAUGCUAUCUUGGUGUUGAGCAUUUGUUACUUCCUGUUGACACUUGGGCUUGAACUCUUGCCUUCCUACAAGGAAUGGUGGAGUAUAAAAAGUUUCUGACGUGAUGGUUAUCCUCAUUUAGAACCACUUUUGGGAUCCUCUGCAGAAAAGGUUGCUCUUGACUUCGAUGAAGACACAGAUGUGGCAAUGGAAAGAAACAGAGUACUUUCAGGUUCCGUUGAGAAUGCUAUCAUUUACUUGCGUAAUCUUUCACAGAUCAUGCCUAUAGAUGCUCAAAGAAUGCUUUAAGAGUUUGAGGGGUGUGUGCUUUUAGCUUUUGAGUUGGAGCUAGAUCAUUUUUUUUAUGUUAGUUUGCCUAAUUUAGUGUUAGUUUUUUUUUGUUCAUUUAGUUUGGUUUGUAUUGGGGUAACUUUUUUCUGUUUUCCAUGUUGGCAACUCUGAUUCAUGGAGUUUGUUGUUGUAGUUCAUAGACAAUACAAUUCAAGCAAGGACUAUGUAAUUGAAUUUUUUAUGAUUGCUAUUGUAAUUUUUAUGUAAUGAAUAAAUGUGUUCAAUAUUAUUUAAAUAAA